AUGCUUCCAAUUGAUGAAGGAUUGCUGCAGGAAGAAAAAAAUAGUAAUUUGGAUGAGUACCAUAGUGUAAUUCCUAAACUCGCGCUGCUGUACGUGAAGCUGCUGUUGACGGCGGGCGUGCUGGAGCUGGGGCUGGAGGCGGCCGUGUGGGCGUUCCGCCCCCACGUGGCUCAGAGCCGCCUGGGCUACUACCACGCGCAGCACGUGUCGUACGUGUUCUCCGCGCUGGGGAGCUUCCUGGACGUGGCGCGCGCGGCGGCGGUGCUGUGGCUGGCCGUGGGGCGGUGGGAGCGAGCGCGGGCGGCGUGGCGCUCGCUUCGCGACUGCGUCUGCCGCCGACGCACCGCCGCCGCCGCCGUCGUCGGCUCGCCCACCACCGCCACUGCGACCACCAGCGGCUCCGCCUCCACCGCCGAGACGGAGCGCCUCUAG